AUGAAGGCGAAGCGGACUCCAGAGGAAAAUGCGGAUGAAGUACCAGAAGGACCCGGACGCAGAGCUGAUAAACGUGAAGUGAAGUACGUCGCACACUUUACGCAUUUUACAACUCGAGCCACAUGGGCGCCGCUCUUAAUUGAACGCAUUUUCGAGUGUGCUCGUGGUGUGCCACGUCAUUUUGGUGAAGUGGCAACAAGUUGGCGAGUAUGGUACUCAUCUCAUGUACCCAAAGUGAGGCCAACAACUGACUUCCGAGGAAACGUCAUGCUGAUAUCGUAGUCUUUAAAGUUUUCACAAAAAAUUGUCUUAUAACACGUUUGGGCGACUGUACCAGCUUCGAGUUUCUGAAAAAGUCUGUUUUGAAACAGUUUUUGUGUCUGAAACAUGUUUUUUUGGGUGAAACUAUAGUAAUCCCUCGUCUUUUGCACUCUAUAAUCUCAGUCUAGACCAAUUCCCAGAAUCGAAUAAUAUCCAAGUGCUAAAAUGAGUCUGGGGCCCAUAAAGAUCCAAAAAGAAGAAAGGUGCAUUGUCUCGGAGACACAUAAUAUCAAAAUCUUAUGACAUUGUUUUCAGGUUUCCUAUUUUGGAAAAACGUGGAAAACGAAAAACAACACGAGUUUAAUGUGAGCCCAAAAGUAGGCGGAUGAUAACUUCCGGUAAUGUGACGUCAUCUGAAGAAGCUUCUGGAGCCCGAAAUACUAUAAACUUUGGAAAUUUGCCAUCUGGAAGUUCAUAAUUUCACUGGAACUACGGUAAUCCUGACCCCCUACACUUUGGAGCACAUUUCCUGAAAUGUCCCAUAAAUAAAUUUUAGUAUAAUAGCCAAAAAAGAGCGAGAUUGUGUGUGUGUGUGACACCACCAAAUUAGGUGGUAUGAAAUAUGAUAUUGAGGUGCGUGGGGGUGUGCAUAAUAUUCACAAUUUUUUUGAGAAUUGUAAAUGUGUAAUAAUAGCAAAUCGUGAAACAUGUUUUAGAGACAAUAACUGCGUUUUACAACGUUUCACACUAUCAUUUCGAAAUCUGAAAACGACGAACCAAUUUCAUUAGCCAACUAUUACGCAUUUCAUGUUUUUCCCCCCCAAAAAUUCUGGUAUCACAUCACUUUUCGUCACCCUAAUACCGUCCUAAUCUCGAGAUGAGAACGACGGGAUUCCGAGAAUCGCAUGCAUGUUCACUAACAUUUUUAUUAUUCACUUGUUCGUUACACCGUCUCCAGAAGCCGUUUCCCUCGAUUUCUGGAGCACAUUCUCCAAGUUUCAUUCGUCUAGAUUCUCAGAAAUGUAGAAAUUGAGCGGGUUGGAGCCAGGAGAGCAUGUUUCAGUCAAAAUUUAGUGGUUCAAUAGAAAACUAGAAUCUCGUCGAAUGGUCGGGUUCAACGCUGCUAAUUGUACUGUAGAACUUGAGGAAACUAGCACUUCCUCGCUAUAAUUUCCUCUUUUUUACCGGUUUCUUUGUCUCUUCUCUUGCACACAUUUCCUUCCAAAUUCGUAACAAUUUGCCGCGUCUGGAAUGGCCUGAACAUUCAAGUGGAAGUGUGGAAAUGAUGACGUCGUCGAAUUGUGACGUCAUCUGCAAAAGUGUUUGCUAAACUUGUGUUUAUACCCUUGGGAACAUCUACUACUAUGUAUAAGAGUAAAAUCUUUUUUAGGAGGCUCGACGAAAUUUGUCAGUGUCAUAUUGUCUCAUGUUUAUUUAUUUAUUUACUCACACCCCCCAACCCACAAUUGUGAAUUCAUUCACUAUUAUUUUUUGUUUACGGACCGACCUAUUUCUCUAGUCUUUUUCUAAUAAUUUCCGCCUUUAUUUAGACAAGAAACGGCUCUGCAGCGCCUAAUUUUUUUUUUUUUGAUUUUGCAAAUCUCCUGGGACUGUGCUGUGAUAGAUCUAUCUCGAAAACUUGAAAAGAUGAUGGAAAGUGGCAAGAGACAAAGUUAAUCAGCAUUGAAAAUGAAGCGAAAUGACUAUAUAUAAUUAUAGCCUGGUGUUAGCAGAAAUUUAUUAUUUUUCGGUUUUUGUUUGGGGUGCGGGUGGUUCUCUCCGGAAAACCAGAAGAGAUACGGAGAAAGUUCAAGCGACAAAUAUGACGAGCACUAAAUUUCCAAUCAAAUCACUUUAAUCACGGCUGAGUUUCUUUUAACUCUACUUUUCGCUGUUCAUAGUGCGCCUCGUGUCAAAAAGAGUGGUUUCAUUUCGAAAAUGAACCUCUAGAAUCCCAAAAAAAAGACAACAUUUUUCGCGUGAUUUCCGACCCAUUCGGGUGUCGUCACCCUUCCGCCACCCACACCUCUUCUCUCUUUUUGGAUCCUCCUAUGUCAUCACUUCUUCUCUCUUUCACUCUUCCGAAGCUCCGCCCACUUUUCGGACGCUUCCUUCACUGAAUGCCAGCCUACAUAACCUAGAAGGCGUGGGGAGAGGUUGAGGCUCGAGUCCACAAUAUUUGGAUUACUGUACUUACUCCUCUUUUCCUUAGAAAAUCCCAAAUUUGUUAGUCACAUUGGCACUAUGCCAAUCCCAUCCGAAAGUCUGUUUUUGACAGCCUCGCUGACCUACCACGUCUUCUUUUUUCGUUUUCGCACAAAUUACACGUCUGUCCGCAUCUAUAAUAUCCCUAUUUCCACCUAUAUUUCUAUUCCAUUCUUGAUUGAUUGAUGAAUCUCAAAAUUUCAGGUUAAAAUGCUCAAAUUGUGCUUCACACUCCUUCUCGUUCUUUUGCUCGUCGCCACUGUUUCCAGCGAUAGUGAGUUCAAUAGCUUUUUUUUUCGAAAAAACAAAUGAAUAUGUCCUCCGUCCUCUUGCACCCACCACUGUCCGCGUCCAUUCUACAUGUGUUUGAGCACCAAAGAAAUCAGAUAACGUUGGUGGAAUUUUUCUAGAACUUUUCCGACACCUUCAAAGGUUGCGACGUAGUGAGGCAGAGUACGCGGACGGACAAGACGGUACCCACACUUUUUUCCACAAUUUUAGUAGCCAGUUUAAAUUGUAUUGUUUUUCGAGGCUUCCUAGCUCGAAAAGUUGUCAAUUUUCAACAUAGUUUCGGAAGACUUAUGGGGCUAUUCAGCGUAUGUUUGUUUUCCGGUUUUUUUUUUCGUUUUUUUACACCGCUGAAUUGGGGUUUUUUAACGUAAAAAAACGAAAAAAAAACGGAAAAAAAUCAUUUUUUUCACAGCCUGAAUAACCCCAUUAAAACGGCGUUCAAAUUUACCUAAUCAACCGUAUAGACAUGAUUCUUUGAAGUUUCCUAGCUUCUCGCUUAACUUUGAAAAGUUACAAAAAUCAUGUACUCGAAAGCAUUCAAAAAUUGCAAAGAUUUGCAGAAAAUUGGGUCGACCUAUCUAUUUCAGGUGAUUUUUUCGUGCGAAGUGCGAAAUGGGUGAGUAAAAUGACGCCGUCUGGAGGCGCUCUGGUCAGCGGUCGAGGUGGAUUUCGACCCGGAUUCGUGGCCAGGGACUGGAGACAUGUGCUCGCCGAGCCCAACUUUAAUAAGGUACUAUAUCGAUUGAGAGACUUUACAUUUAGCACGGCAUACCAAUAGCGUCGGCUCAAAACGCUAUAUCUCAGCUGUGGGUAGAGAUAUCAAAACGUUGUCAACUGAGGAAAUGUACAAAAUGUCUUGAUUGACAAUUUGUUAGUUGAUAAUGUUUUGAUAUCUUUAUUCACAGCUGAGAUAUGGAAUCAAAAAGUCUUUGCAGCGUUCCUCGUACUACAACGACUACUAA